CAAUGUUGGAUGACCAGCAAGAUCCAAUAGAUGGCCUGGAUAAACAAACUGUCUCCAUUGAAAACCAGUUGGCAGAACCUGAUAAGGCUCGUGCUCGUUCAGGCUCGCUCUUUGAUGAGAUAUUCAGAUCAUUCAAAAAUGUAGCUCCUGAAGAUCUUCCUUUUGAAGAGUCAAAGGAGAGCUCUGAAGAAGCUCUUCCAGAAGACCAAGAACUUGGGGACCAAAUAGAUAGAGUCAUGAACAAAACCUCCAAGUUAGACCAAGAAUUUAGAAUGCUGGAACAACACUUAAACAGCAAUGAUGCUUCGAACUUCGAACAAGAAAUGCGAGAAAUCCUUCGUGAAUACAACAUAAAGUUGAAAGAAAUCAAAAGAAAAAAUUCUCAGGAGUCGAUUGGCCCAGAAUCAGAGAGCGCCAGAAGUGGGACUCCGAACAGCUCUGCACUCAGGAAACAAAUCACAGACGUUUACCUUCAGAAAUUAUACCGGAAGAUGGACGAAAUUCAGCCUGGAUUCAGCUCAGGCAACGCACGAAAUAUCAAGAAACUUCUUAAAUAUGUUGAUGAAGACGUUGACAAAAUCAUCCCUAAAGUUUUGGAGCAAAGUCAAAUUAGUCGAGAAAGGUCUCCUGAAGAAGAUGUCAGAGAAAGCAGUUCUCAGAGACAAUUAAUUAUGAAAAUUCUAGAAGAAAGCCAACACAAAUUGAAGGACAAAGACUUUUGGACACGACAGGCCGAAUCGAUUGAUGGCCUUCCUGAUCCAGCACAGACUGAAGAUGGGAAGCACCAAGAAGCUGUAGAAAAUUUCCUUAAGAAAAGAUUUGAUCACAAAAGUUACCAGGAGUACAUGGACAAGUCAGAUGACAUUGAUGAAAAGCGGAAAUACCCAACCUCAGUCAAAAACAUGAAAAGAAUGAGGAGACUAUUCACUAUUUCAAAUAAAUCUGAAGCUUUUAUUAAAGCAGCUUCUCGAAAACAAUCAGAAAAUAGAAUUUCCAAGAAAAAUCCAAGGCCUAGAAUUCACACAGAAAACAUGCAUGAACGAAGGCGAAACGCUCCGAAGGAUGAGCAAACAGUAAACCUUGCCCAAGACAACGAGUCGUCAUCACACAUCGACAGAUCACAACACAAACCUUCAACUCGUCAGAAUCCACAUAAAGACACGCCUGCUUCAAAAACUGCUUCUAAAGCCCCUGAAGAGAUCUUAUCUCUUCUUGAAGAUCUCAGCUCCAAACACUCCAACCUUGUAAAUCACUUCACAUCUUCCAAGAGGAGCACUGCUAAAGACCAGCCAGGUCCUAUUUCCAAGCCUGAAGAUCCUCCUGAGCAAAUUAAAGAGCCUCAAGAAGAACAACCGAAGCCUUCAGAAGAACCUCCAAUCUCCCAGAAGGCAUCCAAAAACCCUAAAAGUUCUAAACGGAGAGAAUGCAAAAACUCAGGGGAGUUCAACUUCGUCAUCGGCGACACCAAGGCAUCUCCUCAAAAGCUCACUUCCGCCGACCGCAAGAAGCUGUUCAAGCUCUCUUCUAGCUCGCCCUCCGGCAGGGGAUUCAGAUUCUCCACAAACCUUCUUGACAGUUCGCAAAUAUCUUCUGAAGCCCGGAGACAUCCUGAAGAACGCAGAGUCAAAGCCAAGGUUACCCGACUGGAAGCCAAGGAUAAACUUGAGAGAAGCAGACGGUUUGCUCUUGCAGUUUCAAAGCAGCCUGCCAAAGCAACAGGCAAGCACUUGGCUAGUUCAAAGGUCGACAAAUAAGUACAAGCGGUACGUAAUUAAGAACCUUGAGAAAAAUGUGAUCGAUGAUGUGGAUAUGAACUUCAUAUUCUCCACAGGCCUUAAGCUUAAGGAUGGCCUUAUUGAUCCUGACAAAGCGCAAGCUAUUAUGGAGAACGGUGAAAUGGAGGCAAUUGUUGAUGCCAUCCCAACUCCGAGGGUUCAUAAAUCUCCAGAAAAGUAUCUAUUUAAUGACCCCAAUGAAAGAAAGCAGCAAAUAAAAUAAUCUUGCCAAAAUUAAAUAAGGAAAUUACUCAAAAUUAUGAAAAGAAAAUUUCGGAAGCACAGAAAGCCUAUCUUAACGGUCCUAGAGUGACCUCAAAACUGAAAGCAAGGCCAAAUCAAUGUAAACAAAGAGUCAUCCUUGACCCUACAAACAGAAACGCUGAUACAGCGUGUUACAACACAAGGAUGACAGUAAACAGGUUCAGACAAAGCCCUAAGCGAAAGAUGAGCAUUAAGGCUAAAGUAUUUAGCAGGAUUACGAAAUAUGAGCCUGCUUUCAGAUCAAAUUCUUACUUAAUUCGUCAUCCUCGUAUAAAAGAACGUGAAACUAGAAAACAUACUCUAAAUUCCUUUGUUGUUCCAUACUACGACACAAAAAAUAACGAGAGCAACGUGAAAAGUUGAUCUCAUACCUAAGCAACUGAACCAUUCAACCAAGCUCUCAAAACCCAAAACAGUUCAAGAAUGGCGAAGAAGGAACCUCAGGCAGACAAAGAGGAGUUCAGUAUCAAACAUAAAGAAGCCUGCUCCAGAAGUUUCUGGCAGCGGCUACAACCAGAUGUUCUUCCCAACCUUGCAGCCAACAGAGGCUGAAGUCCCCAAAUUUCACAAGACCGAUCACCUGUUUAACUACUAUAUUAAUAACUCUGAGCGGACAUCAAAGCAUUUGACUCAUACUCAGAUCCCAGGCCCUACUAAUUAUCGCAAAGGUGGCCAAAACAGAAGCCAGAUGUCAAAGUAUCCUCUCAUUACCUCUAUUCACAAUACUAAUGAGCAUACCAUCAGUACUAAAACACCUAAGAGGAUUAGCACUGUGAAAACUCGAAGUGAAGGACACCCAAAAGGACGCAUUCAGACA